CUAAUCAAUUGUUGGCAAAUUCGGUACGGUUGCAUGUGCAGCGUCGUCGAAAUCGCAGUCGAGAUUGGCUGAGAUGUCAUUGGGUCCCAUUCGGCGCGUCUUGAGAAGGCAGAUCGAGAUUUAGAGGUAUUUUUCUUGCGCGGUGAGAAAAAUCCUUCUAAAUUCCAAGAUCUCAAAAUGGAUCGCGAACUGGUAGACAAGUUUAUCGAGGUGACGGGAGAGAGCGAGGCAACUGCUCAACAGUACCUUGCACUGGCCGAUGGGAACGUCGAAAUGGCAAUCAGCUUAAUGUUUGAGGGUGGCGGCAGGGUACUGGAGCCCGAGAACGCGAAUCCUGAACCACCAGUGAGAGCUCCUAUUCUGCCCACUCAAGAAAUAUUGGUGCCACCUGAACCAGUGUGUUCAUUUCCUCGAUUGUCAAACAAUGUGUUUGAUAGAUUCAGGGAUUUUGCUGUAGAAACUCAACGACAAGAAGAAGAAAUGACUCGUAGAGUCAUGGGAACAAAACAGAUUUCUCAAAAGAAAUCAAAACGAUUGGAGGAUUUGUUUCGUCCGCCAUGUGAUAUUCUCUUUUUGGGUUCCUUCAUGGAAGCGCGAGAUCAUGCCAAGACCCUGAAUCGUUGGUUGCUAGUCAAUGUUCAAAAUCCACAAGAGUUUAGCUGUCAAAUUCUUAACAGAGAUGUGUGGUCAAAUCAGCAAAUACAAGACAUUGUAAAGGAUCAUUUUAUCCUGUGGCAAGUUUUGUCAAAUACAUCAGACGGAAGACGUUAUAUAGAUUUCUAUAAUGUUGUGGGAUAUCCCUAUUUGGCAAUUGUUGAUCCUAGAACAGGAGAAUGUAUGAAAACCUAUAACACCAUCACUGUGGAUAGUCUGAUGUCUGAUUUAAAUGAUCUGUUAAGCACACACGCAUCUCCGGAAAGCGCCACACAGGUUACAUCCAACUCUAAAGAUUGGAACAAUUUUCCCUCAACACCUCCGAAACGAAAUCCUCUAGCUGAACAAACAAAGAAUGAUUGUGGUCCUAGUAGUAAGACUUCUAGACUUAUGUCAGAAAAUAUCAUGGAUUCGGAGAAUGAUAAUGCAGCGUCUAAUGAUAUUACAAGCUCAAGUGUUCCAAGUAGCAGUAGCACUGCCAUUAAUAAAAAGAGGAAGCUGAAUGAAGGUGAAUGUGAUGAAAAAGAGAUACAAGUAGAGAAGUUACAUUCGCAUACAGCUGAAGUUGAAGGUGAUGAACCUUUCCUGCGGCUGUGCUUACGACUGCCAAGUGGUACAAAAGAAACAUUUUCAAUGCGCGCAACAAAAACCGUAGAAGAUUUUCUAAUUAAAAUGGAAGAAAUAGGAUUUCCGUCAACGGAUUAUACUUUUUUGGUUCCAUUCCCGAAGACGAACAUCGGCGCGCUGUCUUCAGACACUCGUCUUCAGGACACUAUCUUGUUCCCAACAAACACCGUAUUCAUAACGAAGAUAUAGUAAAAUAUAUCUCGCGAACAAAUGCUUCCACUGCAUACUGUUAACAUGUCUUUCAAGUGAAAAAAAUAUUCACCUGAAACCUCUCUCGAUAUUAUUCUACUAUAUUUCUACAGAUGUUUAUAAAAUUUGUGUGCUGUGUAUAGUUAAAAGUUUAGACUUGAGUUUUGUUUCUUAAAAAGAAAAAAAUUAGCGAAUGAACGUAUUAGUUAAAUGUCUCUUUUAUGUAUAGGUAUGUAGUCGCAAUUAAAAGUACGCGUCUUAUUACGCGAAUUAGACGUCGUUUUAUAAAGAUGAACGAUAAGAAGCACUGCCACACAGUGUUCAUUUCAUUAAAAAAAAAAAAAAAAAA